CUGGUCACACUGCUGCCCUUUGGAAUUCCAAUCGUGCAAUAUUAAAAAUACUUAACCAAAGGUGAAUUAAAGAUGAAGCCGGCCUUGAAGACGAUCAAUGCCACAGGAAAACACACCGCCUCGGUGAUAUUCUUCCAUGGAUCCGGCGACACGGGCCCCAAUGUACUGGAGUGGGUGCGCUUCCUGCUCGGCCGGGACCUGGAGUAUCCGCACAUAAAGAUCAUCUAUCCCACGGCCCCCAAGCAGAAGUACACCCCGUUGGACGGCGAGCUGUCCAAUGUUUGGUUCGACCGCAAGUCCGUGAACAUAGCCGCCCCGGAGAGCAGGAAGAGCAUGUCCCAGUGCUAUGAUGCAGUCAAUCAGCUCAUCGAUGAGGAGGUGUCCAGUGGAAUCCCACUGAACAGGAUCAUCGUGGGCGGGUUUUCCAUGGGCGGAGCCGUGGCCCUGCAUACGGGCUACCACUUGAGACCCAGCUUGGCUGGCGUAUUCGCACACUCCUCGUUCCUAAACCGGGGCUCCGUUGUCUACGAAUCCCUGGCGAACAACCAAACGGAUUCCCUUCCCGAGCUGCGAAUGUUCCACGGGGAACGGGAUACUCUAGUGCCACAAGACUGGGGCGUGGAGACCUUUGAAUCCCUUAAAAAGCUGGGAGUAAAGGGCACAUUCCAUCCACUGAGAAACACCCUGCACGAACUGAAAACCGCCUCUAUUACAGAUCUUGAGAAAUGGAUUCAGGAAAAGCUGCCUCCGCUGGAAAACCAAGUGCCAAAUAAGCUCUGAAUGUGUUUGGCAUAAAUCCCGUGCAAUUUGGAGCGGCGCAGAGGCAAGUCUUUCCAUAUGCUAACGUUUUAUACUGCCCCUCUCCGCCGUAAUGAAAGCACAUUUCUUCCUGGGCCAGAAUAUCCCGAGCAGCAAAAAUACCUAGGGAUAAACGAUAUAUUACUCCACAAGUUGGAGCAAAGCAAGCAAUAAAACUAACCUAUUUUCGGUA